AUGGCGGGCACCAAAGUCUUGUGCGUGGCUGAGAAGCCUGCAAUCGCCAAAGCUGUCGCACAGCACCUAUCUGGAGGUCGUAUGGAAACUAAAAAUGUCACUGGAAAUCGAUUUGUGAAGAACUACGUAUUUGAUUUCAAUUUCGGGAAUCAAUGGGGAAACAGUUCUGUCACGAUGACCAGCGUCUUAGGACACUUGACAAGCUUGGAAUUUGAGCGCCAGUACAGUGGUUGGGCAUCUUGCCCUCCUGCAGCUCUGUUUGAAGCUCCCGUCAAGAUUGCUGUCGACGACGAUAAAAAGGCAAUCGCAAACAACAUCAUGAAGCAGGCGACGCAUAGUCAGUACCUGGUCAUUUGGACCGAUUGUGACCGGGAGGGAGAGCAUAUUGGGACGGAGGUACGCGAUCAGGCGAAGGCGGGCAAUGGACGAAUCGUCGUCAAGCGAGCCAAGUUCAACAAUACUGAGAAGAUCCACGUUCUGAAUGCUGCGAGGUCUCUCAUUGAACUUGAUGAGCGGCAAGCCAACGCAGUGGCGGCGAGGAUAGAGCUCGAUCUUAGGAUUGGGGCUGCGUUCACUCGGCUGCUCACACUCCAGCUACAAAAUCUUCAUGCCACCCUGACACAGAAGGUUAUCAGUUAUGGAUCCUGCCAGUUUCCGACCUUGGGAUUUGUGGUUGAUAGAUAUCUACGAGUGAAGCGAUUCAAGCCUGAAACUUUCUGGGGAAUUAAGGUCAUGCACACUAGGGAUGGUAUCAAAGUGAGCUUUCUCUGGAAUAGAGUCCACCUUUUCGACAGAGCCGCUGUCACUAUUAUGCUGGAGCGCUGUCUGAUGGCAACAAAGGCGGAGGUCACAAAGGUGAAUCAGAAGCCGACAAGCAAGUGGAGGCCCUUACCAUUGACAACAGUGGACUUGCAAAUGAUGGGAACAAAAUAUUUGCGCAUGGACAGUGCAAAGGUCAUGAAGAUUGCAGAAAAUCUGUACACUAAAGGAUUUAUAAGCUACCCACGAACAGAGACCGAUCAGUUUGACAAAGGAAUCGACCUGAAGAAGCUUAUCGAGAAACAACUACCUGAUGAGAGAUGGGGAGAGUACGCUCGCUGUCUCCUCGGCGGCAAUUUCAGAACUCCUAGGGCUGGGAGGCACAAUGACCAAGCACAUCCACCAAUCCAUCCCGUCUGCUGGGUUAACCCCACCACACUGACUGAAGAUGAAAGAAAGGUGUACGAGUUUGUUACCCGACGGUUCCUCGCCUGUUGCUCAGACGACGCAAAGGGACAAUCAACCGACGUCGAGAUACGUUACGGAGAUGAGAUGUUCCACGCUCACGGACUCCUAGUCUUAGAAAGGAACUACCUGGACGUCUACGUCUACGACAAGUGGGAGAGUACCCAACAACUACCUAACUAUCAAGUCGGCGAGCUAUUCGAACCUACAGAAGCGAACAUGUUCGAUGGAAAGACCUCGCCGCCAAACUACUUAACAGAACCCGAGCUUAUCGGACUCAUGGACGCUAAUGGUAUUGGUACUGACGCCACGAUGGCCGAGCAUAUCGAAAGGAUAAAGAGUCGUGAAUACAUUGGCGAAAUGACCCGAGGAAGCGGCCGAAACGCGGUGAAAUUACUCAUUCCUACUCGUUUGGGUAUUGCCUUGAUACUAGGCUAUGAAGAUGUUUUCGCUGGGCUCGCAGACAGCCCCUCCCUCAGCAAGCCUUUUUUGCGGAAACAGAUGGAGCUGGAAAUGCGGGACGUCUGUGCUGGCACGAGGUUACGAACACAUGUUGUCCAGCAAAAUCUGGAUAUGUACCGGGAGUUGUUCAUUCACACUCAAAGGCGGAUGAAUAUGCUGAAGGCUGCAUUUCGGAAAUACAUUGUCGAAGGAGAGGAUGUGUGA